UGCUUUCUUGCUUUUCACUAAUUUUGGAUUGAUGGGUUGGGGCAUUUUUCUCUUUGUGGGUCUUGCUUUUCAUUGAUUUUGGAUUGAUCUUUGAUUCAUUUUCCCCUGUUCUUCUCGUUUUCGUUUUGAACAUUAUUGUUGGUGUUAAGAAUCUUUGAUGGGCUGUCUGGGUGAUUUAGUUAACAAAAAUUGGUAUAAUACUUUGGCCUUUGUGCCUUGUGGUUCAGAUUUUAUGAGGUUGUUAAGAGGUGCAAUCGAAAUUAAUUAGCAAAAUAUCUUAUUCACAGUCUCCUAAAAUAAAAAAAUAAGGAGAAAAAGUCCACUUUAUGAUUACUGAAAACUGAAAAGUACUUUUAUCGUUUUGUAGUCAAUUUGUCUAAUCUCAACAGUAUUUUAAGUAUAAAUUAGUUACAGGCAAGCCACUAUGGACUUUGAUAGGGAGAUGCUUCUUUCUUUAGUUUCUUAAACUCUUGUAUUUUAUUAGUAAUGGAGACAAAACCACCAGGAAUCUAGCACUUUUGCUUCCUUUAACAGUCAUGGCCAUAGUUGUAGAAGAAAUGAAGAGAGGAAAAAAGGGGGGGCUUGGGGAAGGAAAGUAGUGUAAGUGGGGUAACUGGGACAGUCUUUCACUGAAAUCCAGGGAAAAAGUACAUAAAUUUUCUUAUAUUAUGGCACAUCAGAGUCCUUUCUAACUGUUUCUGUAAUCUUACACACGUGUAAGUAACUAGGCAUCAAUGCAUUUGGCAUCGCCUGGCCAUUUGUCAGGGAAAAGACCUCCACACUUGCUAUGAAUUACAAAUCUUCUGCACUUGGGUUUUGGGUGUAGCUCCUCAAGAUUUCCUCUGGAACACAAAUAUUGCUUCAUCUAAGCUACUGCAUUUUCAUUCCUGAAAGGGCUUCUGGGUCUCGGAUUGAAGAAACUUCUGCACUUGCUCUCUGAGAAGGGGCAAAUUCCGGAGUAAUGGAUGAGAAGGGAGUUGUUUCUGGAUCAUAUGCUGUUGUGUCAAACGAGAAAAGUGAUAGCUUGUACCCAAUGUGUUUUGGGGUCUCUUGUGCUUUCUUUGCACUUAGACUGUUGUCUAGACAUGAUGCAGAAGAUGAGAAAUGGUCAGAGUUGUGUGAUAAGAUGCUUCAAGGAAGUGCCCAACUCUUGGGAUUGCUUUUGUGGAGAGUACAGAAAGAAGAAGCAAAUGAGGGAAAUUGCAAGCUUAUCCAUAGGCUGAAAACUUUUGAGAAAGAGAUUGCAGAGUUAAAAAAAAUGAGGCAUGAAGAUGCAAAGGCGAAUGAGAAAGUCGUUGGUAUUUUUGCAUGUCAGGAGCAAAGCUGGUUGAGUGAAAGAAAGAAGCUCAGACAGCAUAUUGGAGCUCUUAUCAAUGAAUUACGGAUUCUUGAGAAGAAGAAGGUUGAAGCGAUGAAUGAAUCAAAUGAAAAAUUGAAGGAGAUGGAGGCUGUGUUGCAAUCUAAGGAUAAGUUAUUGGAGGAAGAGGAGCAGAAAAGGAAGGAGCUAGAAGAGAACCUAUCAAAGGCUGAAAGUGUUGCAGAAGAAAUGAGUGAAACCGCAAAGUGCCAAGCUCAAGAGCAUUCAACUGAAAUUCGGAAGCACAAAACUGCUUUCAUUGAACUUGUGUCGAACCAUCGACAACUUGAAGCUGAGUUGGGUCGAGCACAUAGGCAAGUUGAAGUCGCAAGGCAAGAGCUCAAUUUAGUCUUAGAGCAAAAGGAGGAGUCUGUCUUGUUGGCUCAGAAACUAUCUAUGGAGCUUGUAAAGAUGCGUAAUGAAUUGGAGCAGAAAGACAAUAUCCUAUCAGCAAUGCUUAGGAAAUCCAAGUUGGAUACAGCAGAGAAGCAGAUGCUCUUGAAAGAGGUUAAAUCAUUGAAGGCUAAGAAGAAACAGACUGAACUGGAUACAGAAAGGUGGAAGACAGUGUCUGAGUCUAGACAGAAGCGGCAUUCAUUAAGAAGCAUGUUUGCCAAUCAAGCCAGUUCAAGAUUAGAUGACAAGGGCACACGAGGGGCAUCACAUUUCGGAAAGUCCAGAUCACAGCAAGUUGAUUAUGUUAUUGAGUAUGAGCAUCAUGAGGUCAGAAAAGACCCAGAGUCCUUUUCUUCCCUCUAUGACCAUUAUUCAAGUGUGGGAAAGGAUGAACUGGCUGGAGCUAGUGUCAAGCAAUUGGAAGGGUGGGUUCGCUUGGAGGCAGAGAAAUAUGCGACUGCAAUUGAUAAGAAGCAUCACCUAGAAAUCGAUGCAUUUGUAGAACAAAUGAGGCUUAAAGAUGGGAAACUAGAAGAUUUUCGAUGGCGGUUUGUGGGCAUGGAAAUAGAAUCAAAGAAGUUGCAGUCCCUUGUUGAAGGACUGAACCAUGAUGUGUUGCGGCUCAGACGUGACAACAAGAAAUUGGAUGCCUUGUUAUUGGAACGGGAAGAAGAAUUAAAUUCUUUGAAGCAGCAAUUUGCAUCACAACUAGAACCUCAAAGUUGUCAGAAACCAAAAUUGAAUGCGUUUCUAAAUGAUCCUGGAUUAGUCCAUGAUGCUAUUUGGUCAAAAGUGAAGAUUGUAAGGAGAAAAUCAAUGGAAAUAAAUCAUGAGACAGAAACAAGUUUGCCAACAAUAUCUCCAGAGAGAGUUAACGAGAAGGAAGAAGAAAUUCCUAGUAAUCAUCCUGAAAAUCUUCCUUCCACACUUCAAUCUCCUGAAAGAGGGUCUGAAGAGGAAAUGGGUGCUGGUAAUGGUAUGCAUACUCGAGAGGAAAGUAUGAGCUCAGUGGAAGUCGAUAAAGUGGAGGAGUCCUCAUCAUCUAGCAAUCCCUUAACUAAGAACGGCAACUCUCCACUGAGUAUGGAUCUUCGUGCUCUUGGAGUUUCAUACAAGAUAAAGAGGCUAAAGCAGCAACUUCUUAUGCUUGAGAGGGUAAUAGGAAAGCAAGGAAGUGAGAAAGGUAUAGAAAGCUCUGAUAAUGGACAAUGUGAGAUAAAGGGAUUCCAAGUGUUAAUGUCUUUGGUCAAUAAGCAAAUUAAUAGGUACCAGUCCCUCCAAGGGAAAACCGAUGAUCUUUGUAAACGGAUGCAUGAGAAUGAGUUGGACACAAGUCAAGCAGGUUCUACCACUUCAAAAAAUAAGGGAAAGUUCAAGACACUUGAACAUAUUCUUGAGGAAACAUUUCAGCUGCAGAGAUAUAUGGUUGCAACAGGACAGAAGUUGAUGGAAAUUCUACCCAAGAUUGCUUCUGAAUUUGUUGGUAUUGCAGAAGAGAUUGACAAACCUGCUAGCUUCGACAUGAAGCGCUUUGCUGACAGCGUAAGAACCCUUUUGCAGGAAGUCCAAAGAGGCCUUGAAGUUCGGAUAUCUCGAAUUAUAGGAGAUCUUGAGGGGACUUUGGCUUGUGAAGGGAUGAUACAUAUGAGGAGGAGAUAGUACUGGGAAACUCAAACAACUUUGUUUCUUUUCAUGCUGACUUCUACAGUUAAAUUUUGUAUAGUCAAGUGGUUUUUCUUGUAAAUUCUACAAUUAUAUUUCCUUGAAUAAAUCUUCUGUUCUCUACAGUUUUCAA